GCUGACGAUGCUGGCCUCAUCUUUUGCCAAUCCACUGGAUCUAUCACAUGGGCGAAUCGCCCCCGUUAAGCUUUGAUUGUCCUGCUGCCUGUCUAAGCGCUCAUCCAGGGCGAUUCAUUGACAACACCCCCCUGUUAGCCUGUAAUCCCUCUUGCUACUGCUUUGUUCAAUACGGUGAUACGGUGAUACGGUGAUACGGUGAUACGGUGAUACCCAAAGCCCUCCCUCACCUAAGGUUCAGGUUCAGAUUCUUGUUCUUCUCUUUGAUCGCAAGCCAUGGCCGACGGAGAGCCCUCCUACAUAGACUACGAGGCCUUCCUAGACCCGGACUUCUCGCCCGCCUCGUUUGCCAAUGCCCUGGUUGUAGCCACCAACAAUGCCACAGACACACCGCUGGAUCUGUCCACCCCGCUUUCACGGGUGCUCUUCGACCUCCAGGAGAUCGACACCCACAUCCAUGCGCUGACCACCAAAUCAGCCCUCCCCUUGCUGACGCACACGCGCGACCAAACCGCCGCCGCCAGCCAUGUCCUCAAGGAGGCCGAAGACCAGAUCGCCUCCGUCACGCAGGGCUACGAGCGCCUGGAACGCGAGGUCCUCCGCAAGUGGGAGGCCGCCGACGAGGCCAGGCUGGCUGCAGAGAAGUCCCUGGCCACCGUGCGACUCGCGCGCGCCGUUGCGCGCUGCCUCUCGCUCGGCCGCCAGCUCGAGGGCCAGCUGGCCGAAAUCGGCGGCCUCGAUGCGACGGCGCCCGCAAAGGACGACUAUCGCACGCUGGAACGGGCCGCCUCCACCAUCGUCAGUCUACGCCGCAUGCUCUCCGAGACGGGCCCCGGCGAGGAGGGCCACGGACUGGACCGCGUCAAAGUCAUCCGGACCCUGCGGAACGAGCUUGUCCUCCCCGCCGAGAACAUGGUCAAGGCGCGCGCCCAGCAGGCCAUCGGACGAUUCACCAUGUCGACCAUCUCCUCCACCGCGGGUGCCGGCUCCCAGGCGCAAAUGAACUACAAACAGGCCCGCGACGCCCGCGCACGUCUCGUCUCCGCUGUCAACAUCCUGUACCUCCUCUCCCCAGUCCCCAAGAGCCUGGACACCGCCACGGCCUUCCAGCCGGAGCUGCUCCUCUCUACGCUGCAAGGGUACAUGAACACGGCCAUCUCCUCGUCCCUGAGUAACCUCACCCGAGCGCUGUCCAUGCUGCCGACGCUCGAGCGGACGCUCUCCGACCUGUCCGCACGCUGUCAGGACAUCUUCGCCCUGGAGGCCAUCCUCAGCAACCUGCGCCCUCCAUCGCAUCCGCUGUUCCCCGCCGCCGCACCACCGACUGCCACCAUCCGCGCCGGAGAGCCACCGGAACCGCAAGCCGGCAGCAGCAGCAGCAGCAAAAACAACCAGCUCCAGCCCCUCCUCAACGCCCUGGACACGUCGUCCCUCCCGUCCUAUUUCUGGCGCACCCUCGCGUCCUACCUCACCACCCGGGUGCAAGAGAUCAUCAACCGCGGCGGUGUCUCCGCGCGGACCCUGCGCUCGAACCGGGACCGAAUCAAGAAGGAAAUCAAGGAGUGCGUUCUGCGCGGCUCGCAGCUCCCGACAUCAGUACUCGGGACUGAGAAGCGACUCGGCGCGACGACGACAACGACGGCGGAUUCAGGGACAGAUCGAACCUGGGAGCGGGAAGCUGCGGUUAUGGUCAGUUCGAUAGCAGGAGCAUUGGAUCGAUAGUUACGGUAUAAUGUGCCAGCCAGUCAGUGUAUAAUAUAAGAAGACAGUAUGUGUGUGUCAGAGAGAGAGAGAGGGGGGGGC